AUGAGUGAGGACUGUCUCUUUGUCAGCGUCUGGCGCCCACAGACGGAGAAGGCCAAUCGAGCAGUGAUGGUCUACUUCCACGGAGGUGGUUUCGAGUCGGGCAGCAUCUUCUCAACAAUGUACGAUGGUCGUUUUCUUGCCAGUCGAGAUGUGAUCGUCGUGACAGUUGCCUAUCGUCUGUCCACUUUUGGUUUUUCGUACUUUGGCCCACCGUUGAACACCAGCUCCAGUACAGUGGUUGCCAAUGCGGCAUUUCAUGACCAAAUUCUGGGUCUGAUUUGGGUGCGCGAAAAUAUUGCCGCGUUUGGCGGUGACAAAGAGAAAAUAACGAUUUUUGGUGAAUCGGCUGGUUCAGUGAGCGUCUCUGCCUUAAUUCUCUCUCCUCUGACUCUAAACCUCUUUAAGCGAGCAAUUUUCCAAUCGGGAGCUAUUGCCAGCAAAGCACUCACAAACGCCGUCAAUCAACCGCUGAAAAGGACUGAAGAGCUGGCCGCCAAGUUGAACUGUUCUUUUUCUGAUCAGCUUUCAGUAGUAAAGUGUCUUCGAGGCAAAAGUGUGGAGGAAAUUUUAGUCGCUUCAAAAACUUUAACUCUUCCACUUGCCCCGACUUUCAAUGAUGGCGCAGUGCUGCCUUUUGUUGAUGGAGUUCAGGCACUUCAAGAGGGUCACUUUAACACUGAAGUAGAUCUUAUGUACGGUGUGAACCGAGAUGAGGGCUCUAUUGUGGUGGCAAUGCUUUUUCCAGAGCUCAACUCGCCGAAAACGGUUCUCACCAAAGAGAAGGUGAGGAAGUACAUUGAGAAAUUGCAUGUGGGUUCACCGCAAACGGCUGAAAUUGCUGAUUUUUACUUGAAGAGCCUAAAGUUUGAAGAUGAGGCAAAUCAAGAUAAGCUGAGAACCAUCAUGAGCGACGCCUUUGGAGAUCCAAACAUCGUUUGUCCAACUGUAUUGAUGGGCGAAGCAGUGCGGGAAGCUGCUUCAAAGCAAAAGAAGGAAACCAAAAGUCGUUACUACUCGUACCAACUGACGCAGCCACUUCUCUCUCCAUUUCCAUUUGGCGACUGCACAGGAUGGAAGGGCGUCUGUCACAUCGAGGACGUUGUGUACCUCUUUGCAGUGAACGCCUCUCAACCAGAGGACUACAAACUGAGCAAGGAGAUGCUCGUCGCCUGGACCAAUUUCGCUAAAACAGGGUCACCGGGAAAACUGGGACAGCAACAAGUANUGAACGCCUCUCAACCAGAGGACUACAAACUGAGCAAGGAGAUGCUCGUCGCCUGGACCAAUUUCGCUAAAACAGGGUCACCGGGAAAACUGGGACAGCAACAA